AAACCUUAACCCUUACAGGCUGGUCACCGGUGGAGGAGAGGAGUGUUGAACAUCACAGCCAUGCAGGAAAGACAAGGGACACCUCUGGGGACAGUGCAACCGCAGACACGGUGCCUGCGAUGUGGGGACGCACUGGAAUGGUCAGAGGAGCACAACGUCCUGCUGGGCUGCCCCUGCUGUUCUCCACUGGAUGAGACUCUGGAGACUGUAGCCAGAGGCCUGGGAGCCAGAAUGAAGCGGGACAACAGUCACUGGGCUGCAGGAAGAGUGGGAGACAUUGACUUCACUGGUUCCAGUCGGGCAAGAGGAAAGUUUGUGAGAGUGCGCAGCAACACGGACCCAGUCCUCAUCUACCAGAUGCUGACAGAGCAGUGGGGCCUCGCUCCUCCACACCUGGUGGUGGCGCUGGUGGGAGGAGAUGAGUUGGCUCAGAUGAAGCCCUGGCUCAGGGACACAGUGAGGAAAGGACUUGUGAAGGCUGCACAGAGCACAGGGGCAUGGAUCUUGACCAAUGGUCUUCGCUUUGGCAUCACCAAGCACCUGGGCCAGGCAGUGCGAGACCACUCCCUGGCCAGCACCUCGUCUAAGGUCCGGGUGGUGGCCAUCGGUAUCGCACCCUGGAACAUGAUCCACAACCGAGAGGCGCUGCUCACCGCCAAGGGGGAUGAACCUGCAAAAUACCAGCCACAGGACUUACCCCACGGAUCAGUCUACUCCCUGGAUUGCCACCACUCCCACUUUGUGUUGGUGGAGGAAGACCCCAACAGGCCAGGAGCAACCAGCGAAAUGAGGGUCAAGCUGCUCAAGCACAUCUCUCUUCAGCGCUCCGGCUAUGGGGGUGCAGGCAGCUUUGAGAUCCCUGUUCUGUGUCUGUUAGUCCACGGAGAACCCAGGAUCCUAAAGCGGAUGUAUAAGGGCAUUGGGAAUUCCACACCAUGGCUCAUACUGGCAGGGUCAGGAGGUGUUGCUGACAUUCUGGUCACGCUGAUGAAUAGGGGAUGCUGGGAUACGGACACUGUUCACGAGCUGCUGCUGGACACCUUUCCCAGCGCCCACCACAGCACAGACAUCAGUAACUGGGUCAAGCUGAUCCAGAAGAUACUGGAUCAUGGGCACCUCCUCACCGUCCACGACCCUGAACAGGACAGCUCCGAGCUGGACACCGUCAUCCUCAAAGCUCUAGUUAAGGCCUGUAAGAGCCAAAGUCAGGAAGCUCAAGACUUCCUGGAUGAGCUGAAGCUGGCCGUGGCCUGGAACAGGGUGGACAUCGCCAAGAGCGAUAUCUUCAACGGAGAUGUGGAGUGGAGGGCAUGUGACCUUGAGGAGGUGAUGAUGGACGCACUGAUCAAUGACAAGCCCGAUUUCGUGCGCCUCUUUGUGGACAGCGGCGUAAACCUGGGCGAGUUCCUCACCUAUGGCCGACUUCAGGAGCUCUACUGGUCCGUGUCUGAGAAGAGCCUUCUGCACAACCUGCUCCUCAAGAAGUACGAGGAGAAGCAGCUGCUGCUCGGCGCUGCCAGGACCCCCGGCCCCCCGGGGCACCACCCCCCCGAGCAAGGGAAAGCCCGCUUCACCCUCCACGAGGUCUCCAAAGUGCUGAAGGACUUUCUCCAUGACUCCUGCAAAGGCUUUUACCAAAAGAUCCCUACGGAGAAGCCGGCGAAGGGUCGACUGUUCCACAGCCAGAAGAACCUGGCUGAGUUAGAGGGGUGCUGUGAACAUCCUUGGAGGGAUCUGUUCCUCUGGGCCGUCCUUCAGAACCGUCAGCAGAUGGCUAACUACUUCUGGGCCAUGGGCCCCGAGGCUGUUGCAGCGGCUCUGGCUGGUUGUAAGAUCUUGAAGGAGAUGGCACGACUGGAAUCUGAGGCUGAGUCGGCACGUAGCAUGAAGGAAGCCAAAUACGAGCAGUUUGCCCUUGAUUUAUUCGGAGAGUGCUACUCCAACAGCGAGGACAGGGCCUACGCUCUGUUAGUGAGGCGAACUCGCUGCUGGAGCAAAUCUACCGUCCUCAACUUGGCCACCGAGGCGGACGCCAAAUGCUUCUUCGCUCACGAUGGAGUUCAGGCCCUGCUCACGAAGAUCUGGUGGGGGGCGAUGACCACAGACACGGCCAUCUCCAAACUCGUGGUGUCCUUCUUCUGCCCGGCGCUCAUCUGGACCAACCUCAUCAAGUUCAGUGAUGAGGAGCUGGACCAUCGCAGCGGAGGGGAGCAGUUUGUGGAGCUGGACAGUCUGGACACAGAAAAGGCGUUACUGCUCACCGAUGAUGAUGAUCCUCUAGACUCCCCACCUGGAGGGCCCGCAGCCCAGAGCUGCGCCUCGGUGUGGUGGCGUUUCUUGCUGCGUCGCUGGCGUCGCUUCUGGAGCGCCCCCGUCACCGUGUUCCUCGGUAACGUGAUCAUGUACUUCGCCUUCCUCUUCCUCUUCACCUACGUGCUCCUGCUGGACUUCCGCCCCCCGCCGCCCCGCGGACCUGGAGCCCCGGAGAUCAUGCUCUACUUCUGGGUCUUCACCUUGGUGCUCGAGGAACUUAGACAGAGCUUCUUCACCGACGAAGAGAUGAACAUCCUGAAGAAGUUCAAGCUCUACGUCGAGGACAACUGGAAUAAGUGCGACAUGGUGGCCAUCUCCCUGUUUGUGGUUGGAGUGUCGUGCAGGAUGGCCAGCAGCACCUACGAGGCGGGCAGGACCGUUCUGGCCAUAGACUUCAUGGUGUUCACUCUCAGGCUCAUUCACAUCUUUGCGAUUCACAAGCAGCUCGGACCAAAGAUCAUCAUCGUGGAGAGAAUGAUGAAGGAUGUCUUCUUCUUCCUCUUCUUCCUGAGUGUGUGGCUCAUCGCGUACGGCGUGGCCACCCAGGCUCUCCUGCACCCCAACGACCCCAGGAUCGACUGGGUGUUUCGCAGAGCGCUGUACCGGCCCUACCUGCACAUUUUUGGCCAGAUUCCCCUGGAGGAAAUAGACGCGGCCCGCAUGCCGGAGACCAACUGCACCACGGAGCAGGAGGAGAUAAUCCUGGGUCUGAGGCCGCCCUGUCCCAACGUCUACGCCAACUGGCUGGUCAUCCUGCUGCUGGUCAUCUUCCUGUUAGUCACCAACGUCCUGCUGCUCAACCUGCUCAUCGCCAUGUUCAGCUACACAUUCCAGGUAGUCCAGGGGAACACGGACAUCUUCUGGAAGUUUCAGAGGUACAAUCUGAUCGUGGAGUACCACAGCCGUCCCGCCCUGGCGCCGCCCUUCAUCAUCAUCAGCCACCUCUCUCAGCUGUUCCUCUGCCUGGUCAAGCAGCCCGAGUCCAAGCAGGAGCAUCUCGAGAGGGAACUGCCAGCAGGGCUUGACCAGCGGCUGAUGACCUGGGAAAAGGUGCAGAAGGAGAACUACCUGGCCAAACUGGAGCGGCAGCAUUUGGACAGCAGCGAGGAGAGGCUCAAGAGCACUUCCUCAAAGGUCCAGAGCUUGUUGAGGAUUGUUGGCGGCUUCAAGGACCAAGAGAAGCGACUGACAUCCAUGGAGGCUCAGGUUCGAUACUGUGCAGACGUGCUGUCCUGGAUGGCUGAGUGCUUUGCACAGAGUACACUCAAGUGUGGGAAAGAGGCUCCCCGAGCUCCAGUGUCUCUGACAGGCGUCAAGGCCGGCAGCAGCAAAGAUCCACCUGAAAGUCAACCAGAGAAAGAAGUGAAACCAGGAGGGGGACAGGCGAGCCCAGCUCACCCAGGAUACGGCGCUAACAAAAAAUUCCCUUACAUUGAUGAAUAAAUGUGACAAUGGCAACUGCUAUCUUUAUCAAUACAGGAACUAAGAUGUGACAUCUAAGAUUCCUGGAAAAUCUGUAGGACAUGACGAUGAUGUAAUAUGAGGAAGUGGGAUAUUUGGGAUUUUUUAAAAAAUUUGACUUAUUAAAACUGUCAUGUAGAAAUUGCAGAUGUCAUGUCCUGUUGUGGUUUCUUGUGGUGUUUACUUGGUUCAAGUUAUCAUUGAAGCUGUGUAUGUUCUGGGAAAACAAAAGCUGGGUCGCUAAAGCAUGCUACAUGCCACUGACGGACUGAGAGGGGAGGCCUCAAAGCCCCCAUGUCUGAAACAGUAUG